GACAAAAGACAACUUACAGAAAUGUCGUGUACUGUCGUGACUGUCAAAAAUCAAAACAAUUGUCUCUUCUUAUUUACAUGUUAGUUUGAUAGUUAAAUGAUCAAUUAAUUGUAAUCUAAAAAAUGCUGACGUUGUGGAACCUAUUUGAAGCUUCUUUACUGUGCUUAAAUGCUGUCUGCGUUCUCCAUGAGGAAAGAUUUAUGCAAAAAAUGGGAUGGGGUGCUAAUAACAGAAAUCAAGGCUUCGAAGACCAGUCUUCAAUGAAAUACCAAGUUUUAAAUUUAGUAAGGUCAAUACGGACAGUAACGAGAAUUCCACUCAUCAUAUUGAAUAUUUUAACAAUAAUUUUUAAAUUAUUACUGGGGUAACAGAUUUUUAAAAAAAUAUAAUAUGAUAAAGUGCAAGAUACCAUGUGGAAGAAAUUUAUACCUACAUUUAUUUUGUUUAUAAUAAUAACUUAAUAUAUAAAAACCAACUUGUAUAUUUAUUUUA